CCCGCCCUCCCCCCAACCCCGUCUCCAUUCCCAAUUCUUUUCUGCUCCAGAGCGAUCGCUUUGCGGUCCGAGAGCCAGGAAGAAGGUGAGUUGGAAUAGCCCACCCGCAUGCAGUUGCCGGAGCGCAACAAGAGCGCUCUCCUUCCCCCGAUUAAUGGGGCCGCUCCAGCGCCUCUCGCGUCCCUUCCCGGCGCACCACCAUGGAGACCCAGGUCUGCGAGGACAGCGCCAGCGGCGCAGCCGCCGCCUGCUGUAGGUAGACUAAAGUGGGAUCCUUAUGAAUCGACAAUGAAACAUGAUUUUGUCUUUAAAUCUACAGCAGACCCUGAAGCAGAUUGUGCCAGAGCUGGGACAGGACAUGUCAUUCCCUUUCAAGUAGAUGAACCAACUGCAAAAAGCAUCUACAGAGAUGAAUUCUGCUGGAAGCCAUAUUCCAAGGCAGAGCCUAUAACGAAUGGCUUUGUGACAGUAAAAGACAGGAAUAAUCCUCAACCUGGAGAACGUUUCCUAAUAUGGCAACUGCCUCGAGAAGAAGCACCACUACCUACAGAUAGCUUUUCACCAUGGACAAAACCUUUUAGUAAACAAGAUUUGGAGGAGGUACUAAAGAAGCAGUACAAAACAGUAUACACGAGAGAUUAUUUAGGAAUGCAACCAGGUGCUCCAAGGGAUGAUGUUGCUGUCCCUCCAGAUUGGAAAACAUUACUCCCAAAGCCAGCAGAUACUGAAGUCAGGCGCCAUUAUCAGCCACAAGUUCGUGCACCAGAAUUAAUGGAUUUCACUUGGAAGUAUGGGUGUAAUGCAAAACGUAAAAUUCCGGUCAAAGGUGCCGUGCCUUCAAUGACAAUUGCUCAGAUCUGGAAUCAUGAACAUAGCAAACAUUUGUCCACCUAUCAGAAGGAUUUCGGAAAUGAUUACCUUGAUAUCCUAUCAGUCCUGAAUUCUGUAGAUCCAGAAGAAAUUAAAGAAUAUGUGGAAAGAGCUCCUAAGCCAGAAAAAAUAAUCCUUCAGAAUUUCCUUGAUAGAGUCAGUGGAGACAAAAUGUUACAAAGACUUUCCUCAUCAAAGAAGUCAAAGGAAAAUCCAAUCAGAUGCAUCUGAUACUUUUCAGAAGAAAAAUCAUUAAAAUAAAAGGGUGGCUGUUUCAAAAUGCAAUAUCCUUAUGAUCUGUCUUAAUAGUAAACCAUUUGAAGACUACAUUUACUUUUCUUAUACACACACACACACACACACACACACACACUUAUUUAUUUUUGCUUAAAUGUACUGAUAAAAUGAUCAGGCAUUUUAAUUGGGACCCUAACCUAACAAAUUUAAUAAAUGGAUGUGUUUUAGUUGA